GAAUUUCCGACUGAUGAGUCACAAUCGUUAACCAAAUACGUAAGAAAAAUUUUGACAACAUGACAAGCUUAGCUCUCUAAUAAUUGACAAGAUUAAAAUCUGUACAAGCAUUAGGGUGUAUUGACAAUUUGACAGACAUAAUUGACUAUAUCAUUAGGGUGGGUCGACUAUAUCAUAAGCAAUCGUCCGAAUCUCCAAUCAAAUCAGCACAUAUGCAAAACCCCAUAUAAAUCUACCAAAGCCAAUGGUGUAUUGACAAUUUGACAGACAUAAUUGACAUCAAUAAACACCCUAAAUAAACACUGACUACAAUUCACAUGGUAAAAAAGGUUCAAAUUUCAUCAAAAACCCAGCAACAUUAACAAGAGGUUCAAAGUUUACCAAACAAACAACAACAAAAUCAACCAAAGAAAAUAAUUUUUUUUUCUUUUUUUUUUUUAAAAAAAAAAAAACUUAGAAUAUUUUUUUGGGCCCUGGUGAGUCAAAUGACUCACCAUGCACAAGGCCAGGUCCGCCAAUGACCAUAGUGCGCAGAAAUCGGAGGUCUAUCUCAACAACAUUUCCUUGAUAAACCUCCAUAGUUUCCCAAUUAAAAGCAAAAAUAGGGGUGUCAGUAUCCUCCUUACGUUGAAUAAUAAAUAUUGAAUAAUCUCCUUACGUUUCAAUAGAAAUGAGGGAUUUAUGGAUUACAAAAUUUUGUGAUACUUUCUUAAAACUUUAAAAGACAAGUGGUGCAAUAUUAAAAAAAAUGAAGGAAAUAUAUUAUAUAUUUGCAAAUACAUAACAAUACUCCAUUUGUACUUCCUAAAAAAACAAAAAAAAAAAAAACUGAGUGUAAAUUCAGCAAUGACUAAUCCUACCAUAAUUCCUCUUAUCUUGUAAUUAAUUUCUAUCAUUGUCAAAAAAAAAAAGUAAUUUAUUUCUAUCACCCAAUGAUAAAAAUCAACGUAAAACCAAUGAAUUAUUUACAUGGUCAGCUUUCAAAAAAAAAAAAAAAAAAAAAAAAAAUUUAUUUACAUGGUCAACAAAAUUAGUUGAAUCCUAUAAACUGCCCUAUUUGUCAUAAAGCCUUAAACGUACACUAUUCCCCCCUCACGGCCUCAACACACUCCUCAGCCAAAAAAAAAAAUGCAUAACUCUAGUCUUGAAAACAUAGAAACUACGAAAAAUGCAGAGGAAGUAGAAAUGGAGAAGAAGCUCUAUGUUGCCGCUGCAAAAGGUAAUGUAGAGUUUCUUCAAGAAAUUCAGCACGGCGACAGAUAUUUACUAAACAAAACUUAUUUAAAAAACAGUAUCAUUCACAUCGCCGUUCAACACGAACAACACGAAUUCGUAGAAGCAUGUCUUAGUAAACUUCCAAACGAUGGUAAUGAGUUAAUAUGUGAGAAGAAUUCCAAAGAAAACACCCCUCUUCAUGUCGCGGCCGAGGUCGGAAACUUUAGUAUAGUGAAGUUACUCUAUGAUCAUUUUGGUGAUGAGAAGCGAAUGCUAUGGAGGGGGCAAAACUCAAAGGGUAACACUCCACUUCAUGUUGCACUUGUUCAUGAUAAUGUUAAGAUUGCUAAGUUUUUGUUGGAGAAAGAUCCUUCCUUGGCUUGUAUUGUGAAUAAGUCAAAAGAAGCACCACUUCAUCUUGCAAUCAAACACCAUGUUAAUUAUUCUGAGAGUGAAUCAAUAAUGGACAAAAUAAAACAACCUAUCACUGAGGGAGGAGCUGGCUUGGCUAUAACAUUUGUACCCGGCGAAGAUAUGUCAAGUUUGAUAUUAUUUCUGGUAGAGAAAUGGAGUAAUGUCACAUGUUGGCCUGAUGCAAACGGUUCGACUCCUCUGCAUAGUGCAGCAUCGCUAAGUUCACCUUAUAACCUUCAGGUCAUAAAAAACAUACUUUAUCAUUGGCCGCAGUCUGCAGAGGUGUGUGAUGCUUCUGGCAAGUCCAUCCUACAUCUUGUGAUAACUAGGAUGCCAAACUAUCAACAAGUUAAAAAUUUGCUUAAAUUUAAAGAGAUUUAUGCCCUCAGAAAUUGUCAGGACCUACAAGGAGAUACACCAUUGCAUAUUGCUGCAAGAAAUAAGGACAUUAACAUGGUACGAGUUCUAUUGGAAUCCUCGGCGAAACUUAGUAUUAAAAACGUGGAAGGUGUCUCGGCAGCAUCAUUGAUACAACAACAUAAUCUGCUUGAGAUGCUAGGGAAGCGAAACAUGACACUGGAGGAAUCCAAAGCAGCGGACAAAGGAGACAUAGCCUUUCUCAGGCAAAGAAUGAGAAAAUUAGGGAUGGAAAAUUUGGAUAUCAUGGAAUUCUUACUCUCACAUGAUUCCAAGGGAAGAAAUAUCCUUCAUAAAUUGCUACAGAUAAAAAAUGAAAGCCAUAUAAUGCAUGACGACUUCGUAGAUUUCAUCCAACAAGUUCUUGGAAAUUUUCCGUCACUUGUCUCUCAAACAGACCUUAAUGGGGACACUCCGGUUCAUAUCCUUGUACAAAAUCAUCCUUAUGUCGCUUCAGGAAAUCAAGACAACCUUGACAUGCCACACACUGAUGUUCCUAUAACAUUGUCCACCUCAGACUUUUUGUCUCUAUUACUAGAACUAUGCCAUCAGAGUAUCCUUAGAUUUGAAGAACAGACACCUUGGUUGGUACAGAAUGCAGAAGGCAAUACACCGCUUCACGAAGCAAUCGUAGCAAAUAACAAACAUUUGGUAAGAAGCUUGUUAAUGCACGAUCCAAGAUCGGCUCGUUUAGCUAACAAAUGUAAAGAGUUGCCUCUUCAUUUGCUCGCCGGAUGCCCCAUGAGCAUGGAUGAGCCGCUCACGAUAGAAAUCAUAGAAUCAAUGGUAGAGGCAAUUCAGGCAAACGACACAGCAACAGAUUGGGUCGACAAGGAUGGUCUCACCCCCUUAAUGAGAGCUUUUAAAGCUGGUAACCUCCGAAUGGCUGCAGAACUAUGCAUUCUGUCACCACAAGCAGCACAAACUUGUGACGCUGACGGGCAGACAUUUUGGCACCGGCUAAUGGAUCAUCCUGCAUCAUCCGAAGAUUUUGUGUGCCGCCUUCUUGAACAUGAAUCUGUAAGAGAUCUGCUGAAAUUGAAGGACAAGCAUGGAAACACACCGUUGCACCUUGCAAUUGAAGGUAAUCGUUACGAUCUUGUAGGAAGUUUCCUUGUUUGGGGGAGAGAACGUAUAUCAUCAGAGGACAAUGAACAAUGGCUACUAGAUCUUUUGAAAAUACAAAACAAAGCCUGUAAAACCCCUGCCGAUCUUAUCAGAGAAUCACCAAGUCUUCCUCCCAAUAUUGAGAGAAUCAUAAAGGCUAACAACGGAAUGAUAGGUGUUCGUAGCGCGUGGGGAAUUCCUACAAAAGAGAUGCAAACGUAUGUGAACACAAUAGGUAUAAUAGGUGCACUUCAGACAACAAUAACAUUCACAGCAGCAUUUACAGUUCCGGGAGGAAUAACCCAAGAUAAUGGGACUCCAGUCCUGAUAAGAAAGGCCAUGUUUCAUGUAUUUAUGAUCUCGGACAUAUUUGCAAUGUGCUUAUCAAUGAUGAUUUUAUUUUGUCUCCUUUGGAUCAUGGCCACGAGCAACAGAAAAAAGUCCGUGAUGAUACUCGAUUUCAGCGUGCUAAUGCUGCUAGUAUCAUUAUGUGCAACUCUUUUGACAUUCCUGGCCGGUCUGUACGUAACAACUUCCGCCGUGGAACACUCGAUCGCUAUUGUCACUUUGGUUAUGGGUAUUUUGGUGAUGGCGUUGCUCGUCCACAAAUUUUUUGCCAUAAAUUUGCUCUUUCCAGUUGGAAAAGCUACACUUAUUUUUGUGUGGUCCAUUGCUGAUUUGUGCAAAAGUAUCACCAAAUGUUGCAAGCCAAACCUAAUAAACAAUACAGCAACAACAGCUAGUCAAGGUCACACUCGGCGUCAUCAACAUCCGUUUCAUAAUGUUUAGACAAUAUUUUUGUAAUUAUUGUAUGCACUUAAAAAAUUGGAAGACUUAUGUCAAGAAGGACCUUUUAUGUUGAUAUUUU